AUGGAACUCCAACACCAACAAUCAUGCGUACUACCGACCGAUGUUCAAGCUUCGGAUAAUACACUGGAUGAGGCUAUAUCAUCACAACAUCGAGGCGUCCUUCAGGAGAGGUCUGCUAAUCGGCCACACGAAUACAACACCACUAAUACACCGCCACUAAAGCUCUCAUGCAGUCCUAGUCCAACAGAAAAUGCUUACGCACGGCGUGCUGCUGCGGCAGGAAGCUACUUCACUGGCAAUGUUCAUGCGCAACACAUCGGACUUGCGGGGUUUGGAGUCGAGCGAUCGGAGAAACAAAUCAGAUAUGAGCUUGAGCGGUUAUACAAGAUGCUCCAACGAUCCGACAAGUACCAGAAGUAUAGAGAAAAGCAGCCCGUGCUGACACCAGCGGAGUUCAUUGCUAGAGAAGCAGCCGAGAAGAGGGCAGCAGAGCGUAGAGGGGCAAAAGACGAGAAAGAGAAGAGUGUUUGGCCUGAAUUCCUGGAGCAUGCGUUCUGGAGAGCACUGAUUCGAUGGCCCCCGAUGGGCCGGAAGAAGUACUUGCUCGACGGCGCCCUACGAGGACGAAACGAACUGAUCCAAGACUCGAUUCGUAGGGACACUGGGAUCACGCGAUGCCGCAAGCAAGUGUCAAGUCACCUCCAAGUGCUCAAGCAGCAUCUUCGGGAUCAGCCUGCUGUGCUCGUCCACAUGGCUACAAAAGAAGACGACAAGAAGCGCCACCGCGGGAGCGAAUCCUCUCAGGCAUAUCACCUGGCGCAUGUUCGUGGCCGCCACCAUCCACAAACUGCAGUUUCCGCCUCCAAAUAUGAUUACAACGCCUCCACACCACAAUUUUGGCCGCAAUUCGGUGCGCUGCCGAAUCUCUCCCUAGGUGAAGGUUUGAAUGGCGAGGCUUCAACAUCGCCUUAUGCAGUUACAGACUUCACUAUGCUUGUUGAGGAUGACGACCAGCCAGUGCACCACUUCACACAACUUCUGUCUGAUGGGAGACUCGGCGAUCUGAAUGUUACAGAUACGGUGUCAUGGCACCGACAGUACCCUGAGUUUGGUUUUCUUCGAUCUCAAACUGAUGAUUGGACGAAGAAGGAUCGGAAGGUGCUGGUCUGCGAUGCUUCGAUCAAGAUUAUGACCGAGGCAAGACCAAAUGCCAACCUCUCCAUCACAUUCAAUCUACAAUCGCAGUGUGAUCUUUCGCCCUUCGAGUCUCUGGAAUGCACAACACGGUUCUACGACAGCGGCGACAUCGCGCCUGAUCCUCAGUUCGACGGUCCUAAUGCCCAUGAUUUGAAGGAGCACCGCACGCCUUGCGACUAUAUGCCUGACCCGCAUGGCUCCAGUGGUUGUUUACGGAUCGCCUUCGGCUCUAGAUUUUGGGUCAACCGCAUGCUGAGGUAUCAAAGUCUAAGACAUAAAGACGAAAACUGUGUGAGCAGGUCAUUGCUUCGGUUGACAGCUACACAAGAUGUCUACGGUAUAGAACGGGGAACAGGCAAGGCACAAUGCGUGCUGACUAUUCUCUGGAGAUUUACGCAGACACGAAGCUCUGCCGAAGUGGGCAGUAUGACUUGGCGAACAGCGAGCUUCGGUAAUUGCCAUGCUAUCGCUGCGGAGCAGAAGUGGAUUAAAGAGGAGGACCAUAUGGGUGCAACCAUGGAAGAUAUGGAGGGCGGCCACGAAGAAGUAGAGGAAUGCUCAAACUCCGCUCCUGAGGAAGCCACGCUAUAUCAUCCGGUCUCACAACUGCCCUUGGAUUUCCAGCAUCCACAUGCAGCAUACCCAUCAUAUGCCGUCCAGCCUCACCAUGCUCAUGGUCCACCUCAACUAUCUCUUGACAUACUCGCGUCUAUGCACCCAGACCUCGAGCACCACUCUGCUUCAGCACCUACCACCGCAUCCGCCACCGACUACUCCCAACAAAGCCUUUCACUAUCGCACAGCCAGGACAAUGUGACCACAUAUGCCCAUGACAAUGACUUCGACUUCAACGGUGGCCACAUUACCAUAACCGGGGCCUUUGAACCGGCUAUCAAUCUUGCGGCAUAUGAUAGCUUUGCGAGCCAGGGAAAUGGGUUGGAAGGCCUGCAUGCGCUUGCGGGGCUUGAAGGGGACGGUCUUGCGGGCUUGGGGCUUGCUGUUAAUGCCAACAAUGAGUUGGUCACCGUGAACCGUGGCAUGCAAGAUCCCUCCGAUCUAGCUUGCUACUCGACAAAACCAAACUGGCAUCACGUAAACCUUAUUUCGAGCCUGGAGAAUGCCGCGGAGCAAUAUCAUUCGUAUCUGGGACAUGAAAGCCAUGGUCAAGCAUCUCGAGGUCACGAAAUACUACCAGGACAUGAUGCGUACCAGUCCGCGAACCAUGCAGAGAAUCUAGUUGCGCAUGGCCUACACGACUCGCAUGUAAACGUCAAUCCAGGGCUGUGGAACUUGCAGAGCCCAUUCCAUGAGGAUACUGGGGGCGGUGCAGUAGGUGUUGUAGACUGUAGGGGGGAGAAGGGACAUGGAGUGGGUUUGGGCUUGGGGCUAGGGGUGUUAGAUUUGAUUGAGAGGGAUCAAAGGGCUAGGGGUUACUAG